CCUCUUUCAUUGCAGGGAACGGAGCUGAAGGUAGCACUGCCGGUGCCCAGCCAUGAUGCCCUUUGGUGGGAUGGCUGCCCGUCUGCAGAGGGACCGCCUGAGAGCCGAGGGGGUUGGCCAGCACAACAACGCCAUCAAGUACCUCAACCAGGACUAUGAGGCCCUCAAACAGGAGUGCAUUGAGAGCGGCACCCUCUUUAGGGACCCCCAGUUCCCAGCCGGCCCCUCUGCCCUUGGAUUCAAGGAGCUGGGGCCACACUCCAGCAAGACGCGGGGGGUGGAGUGGAAGCGUCCGUCGGAAUUAGUGGAUGACCCUCAGUUUAUUGUUGGUGGUGCAACCCGGACAGACAUCUGCCAGGGGGCUCUGGGUGACUGCUGGCUGCUGGCUGCCAUCGGCUCCCUCACGCUCAACGAGGAGCUCUUGCACCGCGUGGUGCCCCAUGGGCAGAGCUUCCAGGAGGACUAUGCCGGCAUCUUCCACUUCCAGAUCUGGCAGUUUGGUGAAUGGGUGGACGUGGUGGUGGACGACCAGCUGCCCACCAAGGAUGGGGAGCUUCUGUUCGUGCACUCUGCAGAGUGCACCGAGUUCUGGAGUGCUCUGCUGGAGAAGGCCUAUGCCAAGCUGAACGGCUGCUACGAGGCGCUCUCAGGGGGCAGCACCACCGAGGGCUUCGAGGACUUCACUGGCGGUGUGGCAGAGAUGUAUGACCUCAAGCGGCCACCGCGCAACAUGGGCCACAUCAUCCGCAAGGCGCUGGAGAGGGGAUCCCUGCUGGGCUGCUCCAUUGACAUCACAAGUGCCUUUGAUAUGGAAGCAGUGACCUUCAAGAAGCUAGUGAAGGGCCACGCCUAUUCUGUCACAGCCUUCAGAGACGAACAGCUCAUCCGCAUCAGGAACCCCUGGGGUCAGGUGGAGUGGACCGGAGCCUGGAGCGAUGGCUCUUCUGAGUGGAACAACAUUGACCCUGGCGACAGGGAAGAGCUGCAGCUAAAGAUGGAGGAUGGAGAGUUCUGGAUGUCUUUCCGGGACUUCAUGAGGGAGUUCUCCAGGUUGGAGAUCUGCAACCUGACCCCCGAUGCCCUCACCAAGGACGAGCUCAGCAGGUGGCACACGCAGGUGUUCGAGGGCACAUGGCGCCGGGGGAGCACUGCCGGGGGCUGCAGGAAUCACCCAGCCACGUUCUGGAUCAAUCCCCAGUUUAAGAUCAAGCUGCUGGAAGAGGAUGAUGACCCUGGGGACGAUGAGGUGGCUUGCAGCUUCCUGGUGGCUCUGAUGCAGAAGCACCGGCGGCGGGAGCGGCGGGUGGGGGGCGACAUGCACACCAUCGGCUUCGCUGUCUACGAGGUUCCUGAGGAGGCCCAGGGCAGCCAGAAUGUGCACUUGAAGAAGGACUUCUUCCUGCGAAACCAGUCGCGGGCACGGUCUGAGACCUUCAUCAACCUGCGGGAGGUGAGCAACCAGAUCCGGCUGCCCCCUGGCGAGUACAUCGUUGUGCCCUCCACCUUCGAGCCGCACAAGGAGGCUGACUUUGUCUUGCGGGUUUUCACCGAGAAGCAGUCGGACACGGCGGAGCUGGAUGAGGAGAUCUCGGCAGAUUUGGCAGAUGAGGAGGAAAUAACUGAGGAUGACAUAGAGGACGGCUUCAAGAACAUGUUCCAGCAGCUAGCAGGGGAGGACAUGGAAAUCAGCGUCUUUGAGCUCCGGACUAUUCUUAACAGAGUCAUCGCUAGACACAAAGAUCUGAAGACGGAUGGGUUCAGCCUGGACUCCUGCCGCAACAUGGUCAACCUGAUGGAUAAAGAUGGCAGUGCCCGCCUCGGGCUGGUGGAGUUCCAGAUCCUGUGGAACAAGAUCCGGAGCUGGCUGACGAUCUUCCGCCAGCAUGACCUGGAUAAGUCGGGCACCAUGAGCUCCUACGAGAUGCGCAUGGCUCUGGAGUCAGCUGGUUUCAAGCUGAACAACAAGCUGCAUCAGGUGGUGGUGGCUCGCUAUGCAGAUGCUGACAUGGGUGUGGACUUUGACAACUUUGUCUGCUGCCUCGUGAAGCUGGAGGCCAUGUUCAGGUUCUUUCACAGCAUGGACCCUGAAGGCACUGGCACUGCUGUCAUGAACCUCUCUGAG